AUGGCCAGUCAGUUGGAUCCAAACGAUUUUAGAGCACAAUUUCAGAAUGCAGCACAGCGAUUGAACAGACUUAAUCUCUACCAAUCAGCAAAAUGGUGUGCUGAGGCAUUGAAUGGGCUCUCCAAACAGGAAACAAUAGCAACAGCAAAUUCUGUUCAAUUCACGGACGAAGAUUACGAAGACUUUGACAAGACACUACUAGCUCAGUCCUACUUCCACUGCAAAGAAUUUGAUAGAGCGGCACAAGUCUUGGAGUUCUGCAAAAGUGGAGACGCAAAAUUUCUACGUUUGUAUGCAAUGUUGAUUUCCAUUGAUAAGCGAUCUACGGAAGAUAGCGAUGGGGUGAUAAAUGUUGGUUCUAAUGAUGUUAAUGUCCUUGAGGGAAGCGGAGCUAAUCCCAACGAUUAUGGUGUCAGUGAUCAAACAAGAACGGAGAGUAGCCAUAACAUGACCAACUCCAAAUAUAUCAGAGUACUUACCGAGUCGGAAGAGUUUUUAUCGACUAAGGAGAACCCUUUUCUCUACUACUUGAAUGGAAUUAUCUACCGAAAGAAAAAGAAGACCCAAACGGCUCAAAAAAACUUGUACCAGUCAUUGGUGCUUUUUCCAUAUAACUGGUCGUGUUGGCGGGAGUUAAUAGAUUCUUUCGUGACGUACGAAGAAGCACAAAAUUUUAUUCAAAGGGUAAAGAAGAAAAAUGACCCGUUUGCUAAUACUGUUAUGUUUCAGUUUUUUGAAAUGGUUGUAUUGCAAGAAUCUCACCAGAAGCUGAAUAGGCUAUUCGACUUGGUCAAUCAUUUGCUGGCUGUUUUCCCAAACUUCACGUUUAUUAAAGUUCAGCAGUUUCUUAUUGCUUACCAUAGUUUAGAUUAUUAUCAAGCGGAAUCGAUUUUUGACCACAUUUUAAUAGAGGACCCUUCGAGGUUGGAGGACCUUGACACGUACUCGAACAUGUUGUAUGUGAUGGAAAAGAAAUCCAAGUUGUCAUAUUUGGCACAGUACGCGUCUCAGGUGGACAGGUUUCGACCUGAAACCUGUUGUGUUCUAGCAAACUAUUAUUCCAUGAAGAGCGAACAUGAAAAGGCAAUCAUGUAUUAUAAACGGGCGUUGAUUCUAAAUAAAGACUGUCUAAGUGCUUGGACUCUUAUGGGUCACGAGUUUGUUGAAUUGAAAAACUCUCACGCGGCUAUUGAAUCUUACAGACGGGCUGUUGACACAAACCCCAAAGAUUUCCGUGCUUGGUAUGGGCUCGGUCAGGCCUACGAAGUUUUGGAUAUGCACUUGUAUGCUCUCUACUAUUAUCAAAGAGCUACAAACUUGCAGCCGGUGGAUAAAAGAAUGUGGCAAGCAAUAGGUAACUGUUAUGAGAAGAUAGAUCAGUUGGAGGAUGCUUUAAAAUCAUUCGAAAAAGCAUUGACUAUUGGCAAAUUGUCCCCUGCUGGAAUUGGUGAAUACCAUCAUGACAACUCCGUUGUAUCCGCCGACAUAAAUGUGCAUCAUAUUGAAGAUCUGGAAGAGUUAGUAGAACCACAUAUUUGUUACCGCUUAGCCACAAUACUGGAGAAAUUGGACAACGUUGAGGAUACAUUCAAAUACAUGAGAUUGUGUUUUUCGCAAGAAGGUGAAUGGGGAGUAAGCGAUGAAACUUCAAAAGCUAGGCUAUGGCUUGCACGGAAAGCUUUAGAGCACGGCAAAUUUUCGGAAGCUUACGAAUUGGCAAAAGAUUUGAAUAAUAGCAAUGUGCAUGACGUUGAAGAAGCUAGGGCGAUAGCACGGGAUGCCCGGAAUCGGAUGAAGAGGUAA